AUGGAGCCGGAGAUCGACGUCCCAUCCUUCUUCCUCUGCCCCAUCUCCCUCCAAAUCAUGAAGGAUCCAGUCACCGUCCCCACCGGCAUCACCUACGACCGCGACAGCAUCGAGCGCUGGCUCUCCUCCUCCUCCGCCGCCACCUGUCCCGUCACCAAGCAGCCCAUCCCGCCGGACGCUGACCUCACCCCCAACAUCAUCCUCCGCCGCCUCAUCCAGUCAUGGUGCACCCUCAACGCCUCCCACGGCUUCGAACGCAUCCCCACCCCUAAACCUCCCGUCACCAAAGCCCAAAUCUCCAAGCUCAUCCACUCCGCCGCCACAUCCUCAUCUCCACAUUACGACCAGGUCAAAUGCCUCAGGCAGCUCAGGUCUCUCGCGAAAGAGAGCGAGGCCAACCGCCGGUGCAUCGAGCAGGCCCCCGGAGCGGUCGACUUCCUGGCCUCGGUCGUGGUCGACUUCAACCACGACACGGAGCUGGACGACGAGGCGCUCAGCCUCCUGCACGGGCUCCAGAUCUCGGAGCCCGCGCUGAAGGCUCUGGUGAACAGGAACUGCGAGUUUAUCAACUCGCUCACGCGAGUCAUGCAGCGCGGGACGUACGAGUCCCGCGCGUACGCGGUCCUUAUCUCCAGGUCCGCGUUCCGCUUGGCGGACCCGCUCCGGAUCAUCGGGGUUCGGGUCGGGUUCCUCGCGGAGGUGGUCCAGAUGGUCAGGGACCGGGUGUCGAGGCAGGCGACCAAAGCCGCACUGGGGCUCCUGGUGGAGCUGGGCCCGUGGGGCCGGAACCGCGUCAAGGCUGUGGAGUCCGGCGCGGUUCCGGCCCUCGUCGACCUGCUCCUCGACUCGCCGUCGGAGUCGGAGAGCAGGCGGGCCUGCGAGCUGGCGCUCGCGGCGCUGGACGUGUUGUGCCAGUGCGCGGAAGGGAGGGCGGAGCUUCUUAAGCACGCGGCGGGGCUAGCGGUGGUGAGCAAGAAGAUACUGCGGGUGUCGACGGCGGCGACGGAGAAGGCGGUGAGGAUCUUGCUGUCGGUGGGGAAGUCGUCGGCGACGGCGGCGGUGUUGCAGGAGAUGCUGCAGAUCGGCGUGGUGGCGAAGCUGUGCUUGGUGCUGCAGGUGGAGAGCAGCGCGAGGGCGAAGGAUAAGGCGAGGGAGAUUCUGAGGCUGCACGCCCGUGUUUGGAGGAGCUCGCCUUGUGUGCCGGCGACUUUGCUCUGUUCUUAUCCGGCGGCGGCCUGA